AUGAACCCCCCGAUCGUCGUCGCAAAUGGCGACGCCCCGCCACCAUCGCAAGCCGAUGUGUCGGCAUUCAUCGAGGCCAUUUUCAACGCAAAGACCUCCAACGCCUCCGUCGACGCCGCCUACGGUCUAUGCGAUCUUUUCCUGAACUCCCCCAGCGUUGGCUGCCGCGGUUUGGAAUCCUACGGCAUCCUCGCUGAAAUCAAGAAGGCGGCCGCAGACAAGAAGUCCGGUCUCAGGAGGGAGAGCGCACAGAAUCUUCUUGGUGCACUCCUGGAGCGGUUCCCACCACGACAGCCCGUCUCCGAAGUCAUCUUCCUCGUUAAAGAUGGCGGCCUCGUCCCCUGCGCCUUGGACGCUCUCGCUGAUAAGGGCUCUGUUGUUCGCGACGCUGCACAAUACGGUAUCGAUGCCCUCUUCAACCAUCUGAGCCCCGAGGCUCUUGUCGUUGGCCUGCUCCCUGUUCUGCAAACAUAUCUAUCCAAGAAGACCGGCAAAUGGCAAGGGACCGUCGGCGCAUUGAAACUUAUGCAGAAGAUGGCCGACAAGGCCAAGCUGGAGUUCGGUGGCACAAAGGAGGAGGCCCAAGAAAAGGACGUCUUGCGCGAAAUAAUGGGUGCCAAGCUGGCUGGCUUGAUCCCUAUCGUCGAGGAUGGCAUGCACGACUUGAAGUCCGAGGUCGAAAAGCAAGCAGUCAAGACAAUGGACUCUCUUACUGCGCUUCUACAAAACGACGACGUUGCCCCCAAGUUGCCCCUGCUGCUUGAAGCAAUGCGGAAGCCUUCUGCCGAAGCAGUGUACAAGGCUAUCCAUGCACUUUCGCAAACCACUUUCGUUGCUAUCGUCACUUCUCCCGUUCUCGCCCUCCUGACACCCUUCCUCGAGCGAUCUCUUCACAACCCGUCAACGCCCCAAGAGACUCUGCGAAGGACGGUCGUCAUUACCGAAAACCUUACCAAGCUGGUCCACGAUCCGAUCGAGGCACGCACCUUCUUGCCAAAGCUGAAGCCUGGUGUCAAGGGUGUCUUAGACCGUGCAUCCCUCCCCGAGGUCCGAGAGCUUGCCCAAAGAGCCCUCGACGUCAUGGACAAGGCCAUGGCCAUGGAUAAGGACGUCGUUGAGCGCAUCAGUGCGGACGAUGUUGCCAAGAUCGUGGACGCUGAGAUCAAGAACGCCGGCGGAGUAGCUGGCGAUGCGGAAUUCUUCAAGUCGGCAAAGCCGUACUUCUGUGGUCUCAUCGCCGAAGAUGUCAAUCACCGCUUCGUCAGCCGUAUUGCCGGAAAGCUCUCGCCCUACCUCCAGGGCUUCGUGAAAGGCUCUGAUGCGCAUGAGACUGUCGCGAAUGCGGUGCAGAGUUACUACGUCGCUGAAGAUCAUCGCAAAUUCGGCGAGCCUGAAAAGGAAGACGAUGGUGAGGUGGAAAUUGUGAAUGCCGAUUUCUCCCUGGCCUACGGUGGCAUGCUGCUGCUCUCACACACAAACCUGCGCCUGCUGAAGGGUCAUCGCUACGGACUGUGUGGUCGCAACGGUGCCGGAAAGUCGACCUUGAUGAAGGCUAUCGCCGGCGGCAAGCUGGAAGGAUUCCCCCCCCAGGAUGUCCUCCGAACCUGCUAUGUCGAGCACAACCAGGGCGAGGAUGCCGAUCUCAGCAUUCUUGAAUUCGUUGCCAAGGACCCUGAAAUCACGAAGAUUGGCACAGCCAUUGAGCGUAUUUCAGAAGUCCUCGCAGAGUUUGGUUUCACCUCUGGCCCCGAUGGCCGACAGGCCCAAAGGGUUGGUUCUUUGUCUGGAGGUUGGAAGAUGAAGCUCGCGCUGGCUAGGGCCAUGCUGCAGAAGGCUGAUGUCCUCCUACUGGACGAACCUACUAACCACUUGGAUGUUGAAAACAUCGCAUGGUUGGAGGAGUAUCUCAAAUCGCACACCGACAUUACUAGUUUAAUCGUCUCUCACGAUUCUGGCUUCCUGGAUAACGUCACGACGGAUAUCUACCACUACGAACCUGGCAAAAAGCUCGGUCAUUUCAAGGGCAAUCUCAACGCUUUUGUCAAUGUCCGCCCCGAAGCGAAGAGCUACUACACAUUGUCUGCCAGCCUGGUUCAAUUCAGGUUUCCGCCACCGGGUAUCUUAUCUGGAAUCAAGUCCCAGACUCGAGCUAUCGUUCGUAUGACGAAUGUCAGCUACCAGUACCCUAAGGCUCCAAAGCCUUCUCUUGCUGAUGUCACCUGCCAACUUUCCCUCUCGUCUCGCAUAGCUGUCAUCGGACCUAACGGUGCUGGCAAGUCGACCCUCAUCAAACUACUGACAGGCGAAGUUAUCCCAACAUCUGGCAAGGUAGAGAAGCACCCCAAUCUGCGUAUCGGUUACAUCAAGCAGCACGCGCUUGAACACGUGGAGAUGCAUCUUGAGAAGACGCCCAACCAGUACCUCCAGUGGCGUUACCAACACGGCGAUGACCGAGAGGUUCACUUCAAGGAGACAAGAGCUCUGUCUGAUGCGGACCGUGCUCAGAUGGAGAAGCCAAUCGACAUGGGUGAUGGCAAGGGUUCUCGCCAGAUUGAGACUCUCGUUGGUCGACAGAAGUACAAGAAGUCCUUCCAAUAUGAAAUUCAAUGGAAGGGAUGGCUGCCCAAGCACAACUCCCAAAUCAGUCGUGAGACUCUGAUUGAGCUUGGUUUCGACAAGUUGGUGCAGGAAUUUGACGACCACGAGGCCUCGCGAGAGGGUCUUGGUUACCGUGUCCUCGAACCCAAAGUCAUCUCUCAGCACUUCGAGGAUCUUGGACUCGACCCGGAGAUUGCCAACCACAAUGAGAUUGGAUCGCUGUCCGGCGGCCAAAAGGUCAAGGUGGUCAUCGCUGGCGCCAUGUGGAACAACCCUCAUUUGUUGGUGUUGGACGAGCCGACCAACUUCUUGGAUCGUGACUCUCUAGGAGGUCUGGCCGUUGCUAUUCGCGACUUCAAGGGUGGCGUUGUGAUGAUCAGUCACAACGAGGAGUUCGUAGGCGCUCUAGCCUCGGAACAGUGGCACGUGCGGGAUGGACGCAUGACACACAAGGGCAACAACGCAAUCUCUCUUGAUCGCUUUGAAGACUCUCGUCCUGGCUCUACCGCCCCAUCGUCUGGUGUCAGUACCCCCGUCCACGGAGCGAGCACAGCGGUCAGCAGUGCUAUGAACAGCGCUGUCAACAGUGGCGUAGAGGACAACAUCGACACGCCGCUGAAGUUCAAGGCCAAGAAGAAGAGAAAGAUGACCAAGAAGGACCUGAAGGAGCAACAGGCCAGGCGUCGGUUGAGGCACAUCGAAUGGCUGAACAGCCCCAAGGGCACACCCCACCCUCCUGACACAGAUGACGAGGACGCAUAA